CCCCGGACUCGGGGGGCUGCGAGCGAGCGAGCUGCCAUGUGAUGCGCAUCCCCUCCGCCUGCUCUCGGUGACCCCAGGACCGCCCACCACGCCGGCGGCCGGGAGGGGGCUGCGGGCUGGGAAGACCGCGGGCAAGACCGGCGCAGGAGGACGAAAGUUCCCGGGAAGCUGUCUGCUUCAGGAAGUGAGGGUUCUGGAACAAGAAGGACCUUCAGGAGCUGCUUCACACUGUGACAUGUCUGAUCCCUUGUGCCCAUCACUGCAGCAUGAACAAGGUGGACACUCACUGAUCUAUCACAAGGUUGCCUCGCUGAGCUUUGGGGUCCAUGUCUGAAUGGAUUGCUGUAGCCUUCUCAUCUCUUCCUCUGCCCAGUUCCCGGCCUCCUAAGACUCGAAGCCAGGACAGGACCUGGGGAAGUUAUAUGGUUUGAACGGCAUGUCUGUGGAUGAGAAGCCUGACUCCCCCAUGUAUGUGUAUGAGUCCACAGUCCACUGUGCCAACAUCCUCCUGGGCCUCAAUGACCAACGGAAAAAGGACAUUCUCUGUGACGUGACUCUGAUUGUGGAGAGGAAGGAGUUCCGCGCCCACCGGGCAGUGCUGGCGGCUUGCAGUGAAUACUUCUGGCAAGCCCUGGUUGGACAGACGAAGGAUGACUUGGUGGUCAGCUUGCCUGAAGAGGUCACGGCCAGGGGCUUCGGGCCACUGCUACAGUUUGCCUACACUGCCAAGCUGUUACUCAGCAGAGAGAACAUCCGGGAGGUCAUCCGCUGCGCCGAGUUCCUGCGCAUGCACAAUCUGGAGGACUCCUGCUUCAGCUUCCUGCAGACGCAGCUCCUGAAGAGCGAGGAUGGCCUGUUUGUGUGCCGGAAGGACAGUGCGUGCCAGCGCCCCCAAGAGGACCAUGGGAACUCUGCGGGAGAAGAGGAGGAAGAAGAGACCAUGGACUCAGAGACAGCAAAGAUGGCUUGCCCCACAGACCCCGUCAGCUUUGAGGCCACUGCCAUCCCAGUAGCAGAGAAAGAAGAAGCCUUGCUACCUGAGUCUGAGGUACCCACAGACACCAAGGAAAACUCAGUACCUAGAUACAAGAAGUACCAGCUUGCAUGUACCAAGAAUGUCUAUAGUGCGCCCUCACACAGUACCUCAGGGUUUGCAAGCACAUUCAGUGAAGACAGCCCCGGCAAUAGCCUCAAACCGGGGCUCUCCAGGGGACAGAUUAAAAGUGAGCCCCCCAACGAAGAGGCCGAGGAGGAGACCGUCACACUCUGCCUGUCCGGAGAUGAAACUGACAUCAAAGACAGACCCGGGGAUGUUGAGAUGGACCGAAAACAGCCCAGCCCUACCCCUACCCCCAGUACCCCUACUGGAGCCACCUGCCUGGACAGAUCCAGGAGUGUGUCCUCGCCUUCCUGUCUACGGUCUCUAUUCAGUAUAGCAAAAGGUGUGGAGUCGUCUGGCCUGCCCAGUACAUCUCAACAGCACUUUGUCAGGAGUUCAGCGUGCCCCUUUAACAAGGGGAUCUCUCAGGGUGACCUUAAAACUGACUACACCCCUUUCACAGGGAAUUACGGACAGCCCCACAUGGGCCAGAAGGAUGUGUCCACCAACUUCACAAUGGGGUCGCCACUCAGGGGGCCUGGGCCGGAGGCUGUCUGUAAACAGGAGGGAGAGCUGGACCGGAGGAGUGUCAUCUUCUCCUCAAGCACGUGUGACCAAGUGAGCACUUCAGUGCACUCAUAUUCUGGGGUGAGCAAUUUGGACAAAGACCUCUCCGAGCCGGUGCCAAAAAGUCUCUGGGUAGGAGCUGGCCAAUCCCUCCCCAGCUCACAGGCCUACUCCCACAGUGGACUGAUGGCUGACCACUUGCCAGGCAGGAUACGGCCCAACACCAGCUGCCCGGUGCCAAUCAAAGUCUGUCCUCGCUCACCUCCACUGGAGACCAGAACCAGGACCUCCAGCUCCUGCUCCUCCUAUUCCUACGCAGAGGAUGGGAGCGGGGGCUCCCCCUGCAGCCUCCCCCUCUGUGAGUUCUCCUCCUCGCCCUGCUCCCAGGGAGCCAGAUUCCUUGCCACAGAACAUCAGGAGCCAGGCCUGAUGGGAGAUGGAAUGUACAACCAAGUCCGGCCCCAAAUUAAAUGUGAGCAGUCUUAUGGAACCAAUUCCAGUGACGAGUCUGGAUCAUUCUCGGAAGCAGACAGUGAGUCGUGUCCUGUGCAGGACAGGGGCCAGGAGGUUAAACUUCCUUUUCCUGUAGAUCAGAUCACAGAUCUUCCCAGGAAUGACUUCCAGAUGAUGAUUAAGAUGCACAAGCUAACCUCAGAGCAGUUGGAGUUCAUUCACGACAUCCGGAGGCGCAGUAAGAACCGCAUUGCAGCUCAGCGCUGUCGCAAGAGGAAGCUGGACUGCAUUCAGAAUCUAGAAUGUGAAAUACGAAAACUGGUGUGUGAAAAAGAGAAACUGUUGUCAGAAAGGAAUCAACUGAAAGCGUGCAUGGGGGAGCUACUGGACAACUUCUCCUGCCUCUCCCAGGAGGUCUGUCGAGACAUCCAGAGCCCAGAGCAGAUCCAGGCCCUGCACCGAUACUGCCCUGUCCUUAUCCCCAUGGAUCUCCCUGGAGCCAGUGUUAACCCCCCUCCUUUGGGGGUUGAGCAGAGCCUUGCACCCUCCCAGUGCGCAGCAGGAGGAAAUGUACCCUGCUGCCUGGAGCCAGGAGCAACCCCCUCUGGGCUCCCCUGGGUGCCCAGCAACACCCCUGAGAAUUGUACCUCUGGGAGGAGGUUGGAAGGCGCUGACCCUGGGACCUUCUCAGAAAGAGGACAGCCGCUGGAAGCCGGAAGCCAGUCGGUGACCGUGGACUUCUGUCAGGAAAUGACCGAGAAGUGUACGACAGACGAACAGCCCAGGAAAGAGUAUGCCUAGCCAGUGUGAUGAGCUCUGCCUCCGGUCCUCACACCUCUCCUAUCCAGGUGUUCUUCGGCCAGCCAGUGGCGCUGUUCAUCUGUGUCUUGAAGACCCAAGAGCGAAUCUGGUGCACACUACAGCAGUCUUAGCAAUACUGUUCCGAAGUAUUCCCUCCUCUCCAUAAGCAGGAGUGCUGGUUACCUUCACAAUGGUGCUACCCCUUGCCCUGGCAAGGAAGACGACAGUGCCGACACUGUCUGUCUGUGGGUUAAUUGCAGACUUCACAGGGAUAGACUACACCUCUAGGACCCAACCACGGAUUUUUUUUUUUUUCUCAGUGGCCCAUGUCACAAACCCUAUCUCAGGAAUUUCUUCUGAAUGUUCAAUUUUUUUCAUUGAAGACAGCUUCUAUACACAUCAAAGUUUUAUAGCUAUACUGUACAUAUUAUAUAUAAUAUAUAUGAAAUAUAUAUCCAUAUGCAAAAGUCCUGCAUGCCUCGAUUUUUCUCAUCCUAAAACUGGAAACUUCGUUUAUCAUUUACAGACAGGUUCCAACAUUCCUCUUUUGUCUCUGAUGCCAGAACUGGUUUUGUAACUUGUCAACAUGGUCAUUUUUUCCCUUGCUUCACAGUUCAGUGUCGAUCUGUACUUAUUUACAGACAAAAUUCAAUGUUGGAAGCUUUUUCUCAAGGUGUGCUCUCAGACCUUUUCCUUUGGUUGGUUUGGUUUCGACACCACCAGACACGGUGUCGUGUGAGCAUUGUGGGUCUGUUCUUUUCUCCUUCUGUUUUUCCCUUGGUGUUGCGGAUACUGUACAGCAAUGGUCAACUUUGCCACUUGCACUGAGUUUUGAGUCAAACCUAUUUUCUUAAAUGAAGUUGUAACUUCAGUAUAACUCAAGUAUAUUGUAUAGUCUUUGCUUUUAGUUAAAAAGUAAAACGUUUUAGCUAAUUAAAAAGCACUCAGGUGAUAAUUAUGUAGGAAAAAAAAAAACCAAUCUUGCCAAAUAAUGAACCCAUCCUAGGAUGUGUAGACAAUAAUCUGCUUGAAUAUUUUUGUAGCUCGCUUCCUCCCCACCUCCCCUUAGUAAAGCUGAAGUGCAGAUAAUUCAGAGCUGACACUGGAUGUUCAGUUCCUGCGCGGGGAGAGAAUUCGGAUGGCUCACGGGACUGGUAGCGACAGAACAGGAUCCUGUGGUGUUGUGUCGGAGCGCCACAGGCAGGGGCGAAGAGGAGCCGAGGGGGAGUCCCAUCCAUUUCGGCAUGUCAUUCCGGCCUCCUCCGCUUGGCUUGUGCUCCGAAAUGUCUGCUUCUCUGAAGGGCACAGCUAACCAGCCACCCAGCUUUCCUGCCCACACCCGGCCUCCAGGCCAUCGUAAGACCUGAGGGGAUUUGAACCACAGCCUCAGCCCCCUCGGUUAAUUGAGCUCGCUGAGAGUAGGAAAGAACAUGGCAGACUCGAGCCUGAGAUCCAUGUGGACAUAGGCUAACGCAUCCUUUUCCUUUCGUUCUCCAAAUGCUCUCUCUACUCUGAGGUUUUUGUCCCCUCUGCCCUCUCCCCCUAACCCUCCCACACACACCUACCCAUUCCUCCCCAGAUAACAAUUUGUGUCCCUCGCUAAAAUCUAGUUGGUUUGCAAAUCUGGAGAGCAGCUUCCUCGGCACUGAGGUAUCCUGGCCCCAAGCCACGCUUACAGGAAGGCGUGCCCCAAGGAGGAAUCAACUCCCUCCUUCCGGUGGUCUCCCUCUCCUCUCACUCAGCAGCCGGGAGACCACUCCAGCUGUGCAAGGUUGUCCAGAAAAGUCUGGUGUUGGGGGAGGGUAGAGGGCAGUCGGUUGGCUUCGUUUCCUCUUCUGUGCCAUUGUUUGGACAAUAUUAAAGCUGCAUGUGGAAGGGGAAAUUAGUGUAUGACUAGUAGGCAAACAGUGAAACCCUAGUAACAUAUGUUCUAGUAUUAUUAACUUCUUUCUGUACCAGUAGUAGUGCUAAAUGUUUAAAUACGUACGAAUGCCAGACGUUGUUGGUUCAUGCAGUAGAAUUUAAGGGGGAAAUGACUUCUUUUAAAAUAGGUCCAUUUUUAAAACAUGCCUCUGGGUUUUGAGCGUGUGUGUGUGUGUGUGUGUGUGUGUGUGUGUGUGUGUAGAUUGUGAUACUGGAGCUGCCAUCUUCAUGACACCGUUGGUGUUUCUUGGUCUAGUCGGACAGUUCCCUGCUUCACCCGGAGGCUUAUCUUCAUGAAAAGCUAGCAUGUAACUCAAUGUGAAUCAUGGGAUGCUCACAGCUGCCUAUUAACGGUGCAGGAGUCAGCAGACAGUAUUUUUUGUUUAACUCUCUUACUGCCUUUUUAAGUGACCUCUUCUAAAGAAACAAAAAGGCUUGUUUUCCGCUCUGGCCAUCAGCAGUGCAGAGCGGCUUCUCAGCUUGUUUUGUGCUGUCCCAGCUCAUGGGCAGCUGGUAGUCUUGCCACAUUCCACAGUUUACCCCCAAGUUUCUGUUACCAGUAGCUCAGACCUGUGUGGCAGCCAUUUCCGGGGUGGGGGCUGGGGGCCGGGUCUCCUCAUUUCUCUCCGCCCUAACUCAGCUCUCACCUUUCAUCCAUCAUUUUCCCCCUCUUCUUCCACCCAAUCUCUGCCAUGGGAACUAGUUUUUAAAACUUACUCUAAAAUUUCUGUUAUGCUAACAUUUCUAUGACUUUGGUAUUUUUAACAAGUAAUUUCAUUCAGCAUGCACCAGGAACAGCGACUGGCUUUGUGUAAUUUACUCAUGGGACACGUCUGUCUCCUACUGUUCCAAACCAUGGCUUAUCAAAAUUGUUCCUGGGUUGAUCCAAAGGGAGGGCUCCCUGGGGACCAGAAUCUGAAUUCUACAAGUAGAAUUCAGAAACCCCCAAUCUGUCCCUUCCCGGGAUUCCUCAAUCAGGCUCAUUCCCUCUGUGGAAAAGAGAAGGGAAUAGAACGGAGGAGAGUGUUCGCACAGUAGGAGACAUUUCGUUGGGUGUUCGAAGGUCUUUUCUUUCACAGAUACAGGACACUCCAAUCACAGGCUGUUUGGGGGGAUCCCAGUGACAGCCUGGUUGGGUCUCCCGGAGGCUGAGGGGUGAAUGUCAAGGUCCAGGGCUAGCACAGGCGAUGCUAAGACGGAUAGUACCCCACCCAAACGCAGUCCUCCCCUGGGAGCAGCUUUGUCCUCCUGUGUCUCUCAACGGCCCUCGUGGUCAGGUUGCCCAGACGGGAGGCAGGUGUGUGCUUUGCCGUGUGUGUGUUUGUUUCUCUGCGUUAUCUGGGGGUGCCUUGAAUAAAGUCGAACUUCAUGACUUACUGAUUCUGGAACAAAGCGGUUACAAAACCUUUUUGAAAAGUUGGCGAGGUUGCUAGGCCAUCCUGCUACUUCUCUUCCAGGUUCCCUAACAAUGACUCAGGCGUCAGGGGUGAUGCUGCAGUAGACAACGUUAUUUUUAUGUCUGUCAUACAAGUAAUUUAUUUACUGUCUUUCUCGAGGUAUGCUGCUUUUUAACAUGCACUAUAAUUUUGGAUGUAAUCCUUGCGUUGCUUUUCCAAGGAAGUUUAAACAUGGCUAGUAACUAGUGUGCUAACCACCUCUUCUGAAAGGAGCUCCAGAGCACCCACAGGACCUGCAUGGAGGACUGGCUGAAGCCUUCGCUUUUCUCUUGUUUUACUGUUACGAUUUGUCACUGAAGAAGAAAAGAUGAAGCAAACAGAGGUUUGAAAGUAUAGAACUUCUCAGAAACUGCCCAGUCUUGCCCCAGGGGCUGCUCUGCAUCCCAUGAAAUCACAGAGUCCUCCCAAAUGAGUCAGUCUAUAAACAUGGACUCUCAUAGUCCUCCCAAAUGAGUCAGUCUAUAAACAUGGACUCUCAUAGUCCUCCCAAAUGAGUCAAUCAGUAAACAUGGACUCUCACAGUCCUCCCAAAUGAGUCAGUCUAUAAACAUGGACUCUCAUAGUCCUCCCAAAUGAGUCAAUCAAUAAACAUGGACUCUCAUAGUCCUCCGGAAGGAGUCAGUCUAUAAAGCUUCUUCAAGUCUGCAUUUGGCUGCAUAUUCCUAUACACUGUGGCCCAUUUAAACCAGGAGCUGUUAAUUGAUGACUCCAAGCUGCUCCAUCGCUGCUUACAGUGGAGGGGAAUCUCAGAUCUAAAAGAGAGCAAGAAUCAAGGUUUAUCCUCAGAUCUCUUUCCUCAGCACCCCGACACACACACACACACACACACACACACACACACACACACACACACACACCCCAGACUAAAGAGAAGGAUUAUUUUAAAAGAAUAAAGCUCUUUGUUGUAUCAUGAGUUUGUAUUUACUUGAGGAUUUUGUUGGAGAUUCCAUUUCUGGCAAGUCAGUCCACAAUGCCUUGUGGGGUUGGUAUUCAUAAAGGAAGUCUGUGCAUGGAGUUAUUUUGUGUUCAAAAUGUAUAAUACUGCCCGAGCCAUCUCAUGACCCAAGUGUCAAAGACUGAUGCUGUAGCAUAGGAUAUAUUUGUGCAUAAAUAGUGUGUACAAAUAGUAUUUGUACAUUGAAGAGACUUGUCGUAGCAGAUCAAAGGUAAAUUAUUCAACUGAUGGUGCAAAAACAUUACUUGCAAAGUAAUUGUAUAGUAUUUUCCUACACUCCACCCUGGGAGAUCAUAUUUAUAACAAGUGAAUUAUUAGUGCAUUUUAAUUGUAAUAUGAAAUGAUGCUGCCAUUUUGUGAAGAGUAUCCACUUGGUUGCAGAGGCCAACUUUUAUAGCUUUGGUUUAAUGUUGUGGCAUGGUGUAUGCAUUUCUCUAUCAAGCGAUGGAUAAACUCUUGGCUUUCAUUUUCAUUCCAGUUUAUUGACCUCAGAUAAAAACAAUGGCUAUUCAUGGAAGUGUAUCAAGACCACUCAUUUCAGGUAGACUCACACUCAGUGCCAAACGCUCCCAUGGGAAUAAUCAAAUAUAUAUCAGGAAGAGUGAAGGGACUUGGACAAAAAUGGGUUUUCCUACAGAUGGGUGCUAAAUCUUCUACCAAACAUGUCUCUGGGGGCAAACAGUUGGCCUCCGCUUGGGUCCUAAUAAUGUAUUUUGGCUGUGGCAACGCUGGGAUGCCCAUUCACACUCUGACACAAGAGCCUGGCACUUGUAACGAAUUAUCAGGAAGAUUGCAGAUGCGUUUGGGAGCUUCGGGUACUCGAUAGACACGGUGAGCCAUUCAAGGCAAGAGGGCCUGUGUGAAUUUGUUCCAGAACCAGUCUGAUGCAAGUGCACCUCUAAUAUAUGCCUUACAAACUCCAGAGGCCAUAUGCAAAACAGGGUCUUCUCAGUGUAUGCAAGGGGCUGCAGCCCCUCCUCCUCCUCCCCAGCUCAAACAAUACGGACAGUUUUCACACAUAUCUACCUGUAUAACCCUCCGUACCUCUCAUAACUGGUCAACGACUGUAACAGGUUACAUCAGGUGUUUUUCUACAUACUUUUUACACAGAUUCUAUGCGAUUAAUGUAACUUAAUUCAACGCAUCAUUUUAUUGUACAAGUUCUUACGCUUGGCCUUAUUUUUUCCUAAGUGAUUGUGGUUUUUCUUGUGGUUUUUCUUGUAAAGAUAUUGAGAUGGCUGUUGAUGCUUAUUCUCUGUAACUAAGAAUUUUUACCUUUUUGGGAAAAAGCAUUGCUAUGGAUUAAUGAAUUGAAACUUCAUUUACUCGUUGUAAAUACACUAUUGUGAAAAAAAUCACUCAAUUGAAUUGCUAGUGUUAACUGAAUUUUGUCUAGACGCCAUUUCUGUUGAUGAAAUAAAGACAUAUCAUUCUGCAUUGUAAAA